CUGAAUAUUUUUUUUGUUUCACGUAUUUUUAUUUUUAGAUUACAAGUGAACAAAUUUUAAUGAAAAAAAACGAUGGAAGAUAAAUCAACACCAGGUACUUGUUCAGGUACCAGUAAAUCACGUCGAUCAACAAAAUGUCCAUUAUUCGAAUCAAUUUUGAAACAAGCAAUUUGGCUGAAAAAACAAGGCAUCACCUCACAAACAUAUGAUCAACAAAUUCUCGAUACAAUAAUCGAUAAUUUCCAUGAACAUCUUGAUUCUGGAUGUUUUUGUGUUGCUCGUUCAUUCACUUAUAUUGCAUUGGCAACAACUUAUUUGGAAAAAUUUUAUUCAAUGUUUCAAAGUUCCGUAUUGUUCAUGACUGAACAUGAAAGUCGAUUGCAUAAAAUUGCCGAAGAAAUUCGUAAAGAAAAAGAAAAAAAUUUCAUCAACGAUUUAGAUGUGAAUGAUGGAAGUUCAUUCAUUGCCGAAAAUAAUGAUAUUGUCAAUGUAUCGAAUUUCAAUCGUUUAAUGGAACAUUCUUUCAAUGCAUUUCGAAUGUAUGAAAAAGGUUUGCAGUUGGCCCGAAAAGAAGAAAACAUUGUCAAUUGGAAAUUUCUUGAUCGUUUUGGUUUUCUCACCAAUAUGAAUGCAUUGUUUCAAAUAUUUUCCUACUAUCAUCUUGAUAUCUAUGCAUUUAAAGUUUUAACAUUUGCAUUAACAACGAUUGAUCAAUAUUAUCCACAACAACAACAUUCAUUAUCAGGUACAGCAUUAAUAGCAGUUGGUGAAAAUGAAAUUUCAAAUGAAAAUAUUGUACUAAUUCAAUGUAAUCUAUUACGUUUAUUAUUGAAAUUUGGUUUCAUUAAGAUGGCUGCAUCAUAUUAUAAACGUUUUUUUGGCCAAAUGAAAUUUUUUGAAAUGAUAAACAAUGAAGAUAUUGAAUGGAUUAAUUCAUUUGAACGUUGUAUGAUAUUUCUUGUGUAUUGUGAAAUUUCAUUACGUACACGUAAUGGUAAACAAAUUUCUAUAAAAUUGAAACAAUUGAUUCAAAGUAAUUAUCUACAAAAAUCAACAAUUAAACGUUUUUUAAUCAAAUCAAUGGCUAAUUCAUUGGCCACACAUUUUCCAUCGAUAAAUUAUCAAUUUGAAAAUUAUAUGAAUGAAUUUAUUGAACCAACACAAAUGUCUGUCGGUAUGUGUCGUAGAUGGAAAUUUUUUGCAAUGUUUUUUCCAAAUACCAAUACAAACCAAUCAUCAAAUAUCUAUAAUGAUCUAUGGUGGAUACGAUUCGCUGUAUUGAAUAUUUUUUCCAAUACAUUUGAAACAUUUUUAGAUUUCAAUCUAAAUAAUGGUAUGAAUUGUGAUCCAGUGUUUUAUUAUAAAUUAGCCGUCAAUCUUUUCACUGUAACGAUGAAUUUGUUCAGUUUAGGAAAAUUACGUCUAACUGGAGCCAUAUAUGAUAUCAAUAAUACAUUCUAUAUGGAUGCUAAAAUCAAAAUGAUUUUGUUUAAAAAAAUUUUCCAUGGACAUAGCAAAUGUAAUGAUGAAAUUUUUAAAAUUUCACCAACACCAGAAUCAUUCGAUGUGGAAAAUGAUUUAAAAAUUGAUUUAAAAUUGAAUGAUUUGAACAAUAUCGAUAAUGAUAAUGAUGAUAAUGAAGAAGAAGAUCCAAAUUCAAUCAAUGUAAUUUAUAAACGUCUUAGAAAAUUUAUUAAUCAUGCUCAUCAUAAUGGUGAUAUGGACGAUUUGAAAGAAUCAAAUUUUUAUCAUGAAAAUAUACCAAUAGAAAAAUUAUCUUCAUCAUUUAUAAAAGAUUUUCAACAAUCAUUGAUUCAUCUUCAAAAAGAUUCGAUAUUCUAUCUAUUUCAACUUUACAUUUUACAUGCCAUCAUUGUGAAUAUGUUGAUUUAUAAUGAAACCAAAAAUGCGUUAGUCAUUUGCCGUGAACGUUAUCUGUCAUUGUUGAAUUUUUUCGAAUAUUUCAACAUGAAAAUUGUGAUUCCAGAAUUGAAUCGUAAAUUAAAAUCUGGUAAUAAUAAUUCGUAUAAAAUCAUAGUGAAAACAACCAUGGACGAACAAAUAAUGAAUGGACCGAUUGAAAAAUUAUUCUGGAUUUGGAAUACAUUUUUUAUCGAAGUAUUGAUACAACACGAUAAAUAUUUGGAAGCGUGGCCAUUUUUACAUCGUUUGAUUGAUAUUUCAACAUAUUCCUAUAGUAGCCGUAUGCAACGUUCACAAAUGUUUUAUUAUCAAGCUUUGGUACUUUAUAAACAAUUGAAACGAAACAAAAAUAAUGAUGAAGAAUCGAAAAAAAUGUUCAAAUUAAUUACACAUCAUUUAGUUGUUGAUAAUUUUCAAAAAGAUUUGAAUUCAUUGGAAAAACUAUCAACACCAUCGCCAAAGAAUCGAAAAAAAGCUUCAACAAUGACAAAUGCUUCUGCCAUUUUUGAAGCGCCAAAAAAACGUGAUCCACUUGGUAGUGCUGAAAAAGAAUAUAAAAAAUCAUUGAUGGACAAAAUUCAAUCAUCUCGUCAUGUUAUUGAAGGAACACGAAGAAUAAAUGAUUUUAAAUUCGAUGAUGAUGAUGAUGAUGAUGGUGAUCUGGAUCCUGUUAAUGAUAAUAAUAAAGACGAUAAUGGUUCAAUAAAUAUUCCAAAGAUAGAAUCAUCCGAUUCUGUUACUACUACAUCGAGAAGUCAUACGAAUAAAGAAAAGUUUAAAAUUUUUAUUGAUCAAGAUUGUCAAGAUCAUCAAGAUUAUGUCAAUUUAAAUGAAUCACUUUCAAAAAUUUUUUCAAUGCUAACAAUUGUUGAUCGUAAAAAUGAAACUACGAAUACGACGACAACAACCAACGAAACGGCUACUACAGAUUUAUAUUUUAAUAAAUUCUUCAAUUUUGAUAACGAAAUGAAUGAUAAUAAUGGAAAUUAUAAUCCUGAUUCGAUUACAAAUGAAGAUGUAAAACUUUGUUUGAAAAAAGCAAUCAGUUAUAUUGGCUGUCAUCCUGGUCAUCGAUUAUAUUCACAAUUACAUUAUCUAUUUUAUAAAUUAUACAAAUUAAUGGCUAAAAGUAAUCAAAUAUUGUGUUUUCAUUUAGCGGAAACGGCACCAUAUCAUUGUUUUCGUUAUCGAUUGUUAUUUAAUACAUAUAAAAAAAUCAAUUCAUCAAAAUCACCACAAUAUAAUAAUUUGGAAUUGAUUCGUUUUAAAAAUGAAGAUUUUGCCUAUAAUGCAUAUGUUUCGAUUCUACCAAAAUCGUGGAGAUUUGUACAGGUGAAAUUGAUUGAAAAUGGUAAAAAUAAUCCAGAUUUACUUUUAUGUCGAUUUCAAAAUGGAUAUCAGCCAUAUUUUUUGAAGAUAAAAAGUGAUCAACAAAAGGACAUUAAAUUUUUUAUGGAAGAAUUUGCACAAAUAAUGAAAUUGAAUAGUAUUUCAAUACAUGAAACUGAUAAGAAAAGUUUUUGGCGUAUGCGUUUUGAGACGGAUUUUCAAUUGAAAAAUUUAUUGGAUAUAACUGAGAAACAUGUUUUUGGUUUAGCACGUGGAUUUUUUAUGGGACAAACAAAUAAUCGAAAAUAUAUUGCAUGUUGUACAGGUUUUCGACGAUCAUUGUUUGAUUUGGCCAAAGAAAUGAAAAUUUCAUGUCAAGAUUAUAAUUUAUUGAAUAUUUUCAUUGAAUCAAUUGUAUUGUUCACCGCUGAAGAAGCGGAAAUUGCUGCACAAAUAUUGUUCACGACGAAUGAUGAUAAAUUUUUGAAACGAUUUGAAGAAUUACGGAAAAAAUAUUUUACAAGUUGGAUGAAAAAUGAUAAAUUGAAACAACUUUUUGAAGAUAUUGAACCAGUUGGAUUAAUCAUUGAUCAAUCAUUGAAUCAAUUUCCAUUUGAAUCGCUGCCAAGUUUACGACAAAAAGGGCAGCCAUUUUUUCGUAUUCCAUCGAUGAAGAUUGCUGCUUUACUAUAUGAAAAAUAUAAACAAUUAGUUGAUGAUGGAAUAGAUGAUGAAAACUUUUAUCUUUUAAAUCCUGGAUCUAAUCUGGCAAGUACUGAAGCAUUUUUUAAGCAAACAUUUUUAUCCAUAAAAGAAUGGACUGGUUUCGUCGGUACCGUACCAGAAGGCAAAAAUUUGGCCGAAAAUUUUGAAACAAAAGAUAUUUAUGUCUAUAUGGGACAUGGUUCGGGCAGUCAAUAUUAUCGAUCAAUACCGAAUGGAUUCGAUGUGGUCAACAUUAAUUCAUUAUCAAUCGUAGUUGGUUGUAGUUCGGGCCGUGUUACAAAAGAAACGAAAACAUCGGAUGUUUUUGGUUCUGCUUAUCGUUUUCUUAUAAAUGGUGCACCAGUAUAUAUUGGUGCAUUAUGGGAUGUAACCGAUAAAGAUAUCGAUAUUUAUAUGAAUGAAUUUAUGUCACUUUGGCUUCCACGUUGGAAUCGAGAACAACAACAAUCGCGUAAGAAGAAUAAUUCACUUUGUAAAUCUAUUUCAUUGGCUAGAGAUUCAUGUAAAUUACGUUAUCUAAAUGGCUGUGCUUCGGUUGUAUAUGCACCGAAAUUAGUAUUGGGUAUUGAAACAUCUUGUGAUGAUACCGGCAUUGCAAUCGUUGAUCAAAAUGGUCAAAUUAUUUCCGAAGUAUGUGCAUCACAAACAGCUUUACAUGUAUCGAAUGGUGGUAUCAUUCCGCCGGUGGCACGUGAUCUUCAUAAAACAGUCAUCGAUCGUUGUGUUAGUAAUUGUUUCCAUAAUGCAAAUGUUUUGCCAUCGGAUAUUGCCGCUAUUGCUGUUACGGUUAAACCUGGAUUACCAUUAUCACUGUUGGUUGGUUGUAAUUAUGCAAAAAAACUUUCAGCAAAAUAUAAUCUGCCUGUGAUACCUAUUCAUCAUAUGGAAGCACAUGCAUUGACCGCUUUAAUUCAAUAUCCAACAAAAUUAUCAUUUCCAUUCGUAACAUUGCUCAUAUCUGGUGGUCAUUCAAUCAUUUGUUUUGUCAAUGGAAUCGAUGAUUUUCGUUUGAUGGGCCAAUCAGUUGAUGAUGCACCCGGUGAUAUAAUGGAUAAAACGGCAAGAGCAUUGAAAUUGAAAAAUCUUGGACCACCAUUCAAUCUAAUAAGUGGUGGUGCUGCUAUUGAAUUGAUGGCAAAAAAUGGUGAUCCGUUUGCUUAUUUUAGUCGCAUUACAUCGUAUCCACUUUACAGUAGUCGACAUCGAACAUGUAAUUUUAGUUUCAGUGGUUUAACAGCAAUUCAACGAAAAAUUCGUCAAUUGGAAAUUGAUAAUCAAACAUCACCUGAUGAAGUAUUGACGGAAGCACCGGAUUUAUGUGCAUCAAUUUUAUUUGUUAUUUCAUUCAUAUUAAUCAAACGUUUACAACGUGCAUUUCAAUAUUUGGAUGAAAAAGAAUUGCUACUACCAACAUCGGAUUAUGAUCAACGAAAAUUAGUCGUCAGUGGUGGUUGUGCUGCAAAUCGUUUCAUUGCUGGAAUGUUAAAAAAUUAUUGUUACCACGAAGCAAUUGAUUUAUUUAUUCCAACACCAAAAUUAUGUACAGAUAAUGGUGUGAUGAUUGCUUGGAAUGGUAUGCUGAAAUUACAGAAUGAAAAAUUGUUUCCACAUUUUAUUCUUCGUAACAAAAAAUUUAUUCAAAUGUUAGAUAUUGAUUCAAAAGCUAAAUUAGGCCAUGAUAUUAGUAGAGAUGUGACGAAUGCAAAUAUUAAAUGUGAAAGAAUUGAUAUUAAAAGUUUUGUAAAUUUUCUUUAAAAAUUCAAUUAAUUAUAUCAAUCGGUAUCGAUCGUUUUCAAUGGUUCAAUUUCAAAUUGUUGAGCCAAUUUAUUCUGUAGGGUGGGAAAAAAAUCAAAUUGAAUUCAAUUAAUAAAAUGAUUGAUUUUUUUGGAAUUUUU